AUGUUUAUUUCAAGAAUCGCUAUUUUAAUUGUUGUUGCAUUGCUUGCAAUCAAUGUAAAUGCCAAGGAUUGUUUAAAGUCUAAUGGUUAUACAUCUGGCUUCACAGUCUCUUCAUUCAAUACAUACUAUCCUACUGGUGGAUCAACUGUACCUCUAUCUUUUUUUGAAGUCGGUGAUACAUCAGUUGAUUUCCAAGGUAAAAGAAUGAGAGUCAAUUAUGAAAUUAUAAUGAGUGGAGUACCAGUUAUGAAUGGUUCAUUAUGGGGUUUUGGUGACACUAAUACAAUGUACAUCUUGUCAGAGGGUAUUUGCAAGACUGCUCCAUUAGGCUUCCCAAUCCCACAAGGAUUUGUCAACGGCUCUGUCGUUGGUACUACCAAGUUGGGUCAAUUCGAAGUAGAGGUAUGGAAUAUCCCAACAGAAGCACCAAAUACCCAAACCAUGUUCUAUGAUAAGCACACUUGCUCGGGUGUUUCAAGUAUUGUUAACAACAAUGAUCCAAGCAGUCCAGGAGCCAGUACCAUGUUGUUUUUCGAGUUUAUUGACACCUACACCGAAUCAUUCUUUACUCUUCCACCACAAUGCACUCAACCAAAUGCACCAAUCGCCGCCUUUACCUCUAUGCAAGAUGCUUUCCCACAUAUUCCAAAGUCUAUUCUUCAUCAACUUCGUUAA